UCUCACCAAGUAACGUUGAUGUGCGCGAAACGUGUCAAGGUGUCAAAGCAAGUCCUUUUGUCCGAUGUGUCAGGACGUGAUCAGCUGGAAUCUGACACUGAUAGCCACAACAACGUCCUCGGCUGUGGCUAGCUAGAUAAGCUAGUUAGAUAUGCUAAGAUAAGUUUGGUGGGUAGUCAUACCUUGUCGUCAGUGCUUUAUAGAUUUUUACACUCUGUGUGUCGUUUUCCAAGAGUUAGCUCUCUUGUUUCGACAGAGUAGUGCUGCUUGUUUCGCUAAAUACGUGGCAUGCAACGUUAGCCAGUCACAACGGUUGUUUACAACAUGGAGCUAACGCUUGCUAGCUUGAUGUGUAUUCGUUCCGCGUUAGCAUGUUAGCGCUGACGCGCUAGUUAGCUGCGUGCAGACGCAGAGCUGUCACUACAUGAUAAACACAUGUGACAGCUCGUGGUUGAACUGUUGUCAGUUUUAUAGAUGUUUGCAGAUGUUGUCGAGACGCUAGCCCGAGAGCUUUGGUGGGUUGCGGUUAGCUUGUUAGCUGCUUAUCUGUCGGUUUGUGCCACAGAGGGGAUGCGGUGCUGCAGUCAUCGCCGUGUCUCGGAUAUUAUGGAGACAACGUAUAACAGUCAGUCUGUCAGUAACAUGUCAGCGUCAUGGCUUUCUCAUGACAGCGCAUCGUGUCAGUGUGCUGAAGUGUGCAAGUGAAAUAAUUUGCUUAACGUUAGGUCCUGUCACAGUGAUGUUUGCUCGCGGUCAUUUUCUAUGCUCGAGCUUUAACUAGCUACAUCACUAAUCCCCGAAUCUGAGCUGUCUGGGAUGCAAGACCGGUCCGAUCCCUCUAACACCUUCACAGCGCCUGGUAUGUUAAAGCGCCGUAUAGACAGGACGAUUUGUGUCGCAGCCCUCUGUGAAGCUUUUAAUUCUGGGCUAAGAGUGCUAAAACUAGUUUGAUCUAGCAGAAUGGAAAGACAAAACGCCCUCUGCUCCAGUUGGACAAAUGGAUGAAAUAAUUCUGCAGAUACAGUAGAGGAAUUUGAAGACAGUAUAAUGCAAAAGAAGAUGAAAAUUCCCAAGAUGUCCAUCAAGAAUUCAGGAAACUCUAUUGAGAACAAUUUUGGAGAGGAGAGGAUGCCUCUCAGACAUAAAAAGGCCCUGUCUCAGGACCACGGACGCCCCCUUUCCAACUCCUCCAAGAGCCUGGCAGCAGUAGUGGCUCGCCUGGAGAGAAAUGCAGCCAGCUCCUGUAUGGAGGGCGAGGAGGACCUGGACGAGGACCGGCUGGCCGAGGAGGGAGAGGAUGCGGACGACGAAGACGAAGAUGUGGAAGCGGAGCAUCAGCAACAUCAUCACCAGCAGCAACAACAGCAUUUGGAGGUAGACACAGAUUGUGUGUCUGGGAUAGCUGCGGCGGUGGUUCCUAGGGUCCUGUACGAGGAGCUGGUUCACAGCUACAGGCAACAGGAGGAGGAGAUGAGGAGGCUGCAGCAGGAGCUGGAGAGAACCCGCAGGCAGCUGGUGCAGCAGGCCAAGAAGCUGAAGGAAUAUGGCAGCUUGCUGACAGAAGUCAAAGAACUGAGGGACUUCAACAGGAGGCUGCAAGACGUACUUCUCAUGAGACUAGGCAGCGAGCCUAUGCAUGACAAUGGCACUCAGACAAUCAAGGCUGAAGUGGUUGAACCCAUUGUUGAGCCCCAGGAGACAUGCAGAGAAGAAGCCAACACCAGUUCCAGCUACUCACCCUCACCCAGAACAGUGUACACCUGCAACGAUGGGAAGGUACACCUCGGUGGAGGGAUCUGGGUGGAGGAGGAGAAGUGGCACCAGCUGCAGCGGACCCAGGGAGACUCCAAGUUCACAAAGAACCUGGCUGUAAUGAUCUGGGGCACAGAAACCCUCAAGAACCGUAGUGUCACUGGAGUGGCCACCAAAAAGAAGAAAGAUGCCCUGCCCAAACCUCCACUGUCGCCCAGCAAACUGAAAAUCGUCAGAGAGUGUCUCUACGACAGAGUGUCUCAAGAGACAGCCGACAGUGCAGAGAUUACGCAGAGAUUGUCCAAAGUGAACAAAUACAUUUGUGAAAAGAUAAUGGACAUCAACAAGUCCAUCAAGAACGAGGAGCGGCGGGAGUCCAAGCUGCUCAUCAGACAGACAGUCAAGAUGGAAAACUUCACCUACGAUGGCAUGUAGUGAUCAACUGUUGUCACGCCAGCGCCUUCUGCCCCCCCCCCCCCUCGUGGUCCGCAGGAUAUCGAGGGGACUUGAUAUGGGUGGUUGGAGGGAUGUUUGUCACAAUUUCAGGAGCAGUUGUUUUUCUUUGAUACAUCGGAUUGGUUAUUACGUGAAACGUUAAAACAAAUCAACCCCUUUCCCAGCUCCCUAACCAUCACCUUCCUCAGUGCCCAGUUUUCCCAUUGGCUUUACCCACAGACAGCUUUACCCACCAGUGAGAGGUUGUGUGAACUAGUUUGAUAUGAGCUGGUAUGAGUGUUUUUAUAAGCUUUACAGUGGGUUUGGUACAGAGACAUGAUUUAUUGUUGUGUGUGCAUUUGUGUCAAAGGAGAGAUUAGGUGUAAUUGUUAAAUUGAUUUAUUGUUCUGUGUCAGAACAUAGCUUUGAGUCCUAAAACUUUUAAAAAGUAUGAGGUUUUUUCCCUAGGUAAAGUCUUGUGAUGCUACAAAGAUGAUGAUGCUAGCUUGCGUUAGGUCUUAGACGUGUGAACGGCUGGAUAUUUUGGUGACUACCCGAUAACUGCUGGGAACCUGAGUGUUUGCUGUUGGUACUUACUGCAUAAAAUGGGACAUCAGGGUCUCAGAUGCACAAGUCUUAAUUGGUAACAGCCAUAUUUUGCAACAGAGGUUCUGUUGCGCCAAGAGAUUAAUCAUAAGUGUGUGCGCCCCCUUAACUGUAGGUCAAUGACAACACUUUGCUUUAUUAAAGAGACGGCUUACAGAGGUUAAAUGGGAAGUAUGGCUCUAAUGUAGAGUCUAUAGAGUGCUAUAUUUGUUUUGUUUUUUAUGUUGACCUUUUAGUUAUGAGCGUUUGCCAUCAGUGAGAAAGGUUUGGAUGGGAUGUUCCUGUGUUACUCUUAAUCAAACAUGUCACUUUAAGACAAUUUGACUGUUUAAUGAGUUGUAGUGGUACAGGCAUGUUGAUGCCUCGAAAGGCCUUAAAUGGAUUUGGCAAUCACCAGGGGCUGGUACGCCCCUGGGUUUUCUAGUAAGCUGUGAUUGUAAAUGUAUAGUAAGCUGAAGCGACGAAGCUUCACCUGCACUUUGCUGUGAGAAUGUGAGAGGUGGCUAGGUACUAUUUUCUGUGUGACUCACACCAUUAAGUUGAGCUGAGCCGGGCUACUUGCUACCCCCCACCUCUUGUAGUUAAAAGAUGCUGCGCUGCACGGGACAAUGUGGGGAAGAAAAAAAACAGGGCACAGCUCUGCGCGGUUCAGGUCAUCUUCAUGUGGAAGCAGUGUUAGCUGUGGGUAAAGCUGUCUGAAACGCUAUUGUGCUGUCUGAAGUCGUCUGGGCCUGCUGAAUCCCAUAAUAACCCCCUCUUUUUUAAGCCACACCACUGGGGAACAAAGUAAGGUCGCUCCAGUGACAAUUUCCUCUGAGCUAUGCCAUCAGAACUUUGAAAAUGUCCUUUUUUUUCUUGUAUGUUUUUUUUAUGUUUUUUUCUUCUUCUCUCCAGUUGUUUUCUUGUUUUGAUCCAAAAUGGUUUGUGUGGCUGUCUGCAGGCUGGAACUAAACGCUGCAGAUUGAAAUCUCAACUGUGACCUAGCUGUGGCUAACUGUGAAUCUGCUGCAGAGCUGCCCAUCAAGCCUCUCUCCUCUUCAUACUCUAGAUUCUCGUUUGUCGGUUGGUUUAUUUCCGUCUAUCAUUUUGUCUGUCUUGUUUUUUUUUUUUUGUUUUUUUGUUUUUUCAAAAGUUCAGAUCAGCCUUUUGUUAAGCUACCUUUGGAGAAAUUUUAGUGUACAUAAAACAUAUCUUUUUAUUUUUUCCACCAAACAUGGGUAUUUCAGUUUGUAGUCAUGUUACAGUUUUAAAGGUUCUGGUUUAUCUAAUUGAUGUUGUAAUUCCACGUUACCUGACAAUUUCUUGUGUUUCUUUUUACACUUUUUGUUUUUUUUUUCAUAUGAAUUGUUGGCUUUAAGCUUGAUGUUGUAUCCAAAUGUAGAUUGUUAGAAUCUACAAAUGAGAAAAAAAAUCUCCCUUUCCUGGCCAAAGUGAUCUCUGUGGAACAAGAGAGACAAGGCUUCCCUUAACAGAGCCCAUAUAUUAAGCUACAGUCAGAACAUUUGAUAUUUAACAAGCCUCACGUAGAGUCUACCUUCUAAUGAUCUGCCACAGUAGGAUGAGAAUCUGUAUCGUUAAACCAUUGUGCUCAAUUGAGAUGCAGUAGUUAGAUCAACACAAAACCAUUUACAUUGAACGCACUUUAAACUUCUGGGCAAUUUCUUCAAUCGUAAAGAAAUGUAUUUGUGGUAUUUGUCCUUUUUUUAAAAAUAUCUAUAUAGAUAAAGCCUAACAAUCAUUGUAUUAUCAUGAAGCACCUUAGAACAUUUUGGUUUAUUGUUUUUUUUAUGGCAAGAAUGAGUUAUGGGAUACAAUUUUUUUGUUUUGUCGGUCAGAUGUGCCCCUGACAUGCCAAUGCUCCAAAACAAGCUUGAUAGAUUUAAUACUUCCAGCUACUUCUUGGAAGAAAACUUCCAAGUAUCUAACUCUUUUAAGAUUUAUUUGGGGUCUUUAGAAAACCAGAAUUACACAAUUCACACUGUUGAAACUGGAUUGUUUAACUCCAUCAGGGCCUCCUGAACAAUAAAUGGCUCACUUGGCAAAAGCCAAAAACUUCUCUUGGCUUUCAAGCCCAAAAACAUGAUUCAUCAAUCUAAAGAUAUUUACCUAUGAAAUGUGCAAGCUGACUGGAAUAUGUGCUUUAACUUAAUGUGUGAAGAUGCUGGUUAUGCAUAGAUAUGACUUGUAUAGAAAUAAUUGUAUUUUUUACAAAUGAGUGGUAAUUGUAAGCCAAAGUAUUGAAUGCUGAGAUCAAGCUAAAGAUGGGGGGGGGGGGGUGCUGAGGAAUCACCAGGGUUUGCACAAAAGAUGGCCCAUGCCAAGGUAAUAGAGCCUAGUGAAUCUUAAGACACCAAAAUGGUGGACAUAUUAUUGAGUUUUUUUGUUCCUGAAAAAUAUCCCUUUUACCGUUUUUUUUUUUCCCGUGUACAAAGCAACGUGAGGUUUACGUGCGCUUGCAUGUAUUUAAAAUACAUGCGUUUUAAAAGAAAGAAAAAGAUUUAUGCUGUGCAAAGCAACCAUGCUGAAAUUCUGACACAUUGUCGUGUGUUGUGUUUGUGUUUGUUUCUUUGUUGUUUGAUGCCAAAAGGGGGUGUGGUUAAUAUAAUGCUUUAAGAUGGAGCAUUACUAGAGCUAUUAUAUCAUCUGAAAUGUUAACUUCUUUUCAAAAGGCUGGUUUUUCCUGGAGCGCGAUUAAGCCUAAUCCUUUAACUAAAACCAUCUUUCAUGGAUGAAAGCUGUAUGGAAGUACUGUAUGUUUUUAACCCAGAUUUGGCGUAAUCUGCGAUGGCAAGGCCAAUCUCUAUCAAAUGUACCAAGUCACUUGCAGUUUGUAACAGUUUGGGUUUUAGCAGCGUAUUAGUAACAUACACCAGUACAUAACCCGGCAGAGCCAUUAAUGGAUGACAUAGGCUAGUUUGGCUCUGCGAUUCAAUACCAGACCUUCCAGUACUCUCACUGUCACACUCAAGUAGCGAUAGGGAGGAAAUGUAACCUCGCUGGCUCUGUGAUCCUCUUCCUGUGCCACCUCUAGUUCCUUACCCUCCUGACAUUUAUAUGGACUGGAUUUAAAAAUGCACAUGUAUCGAGAUAAUGGCAAAUCCUGUCCUUGCCGCUUGGUGUUUUGGCUUAUGUUGUGAACACCUGUCAAAGCUUCAGGAGUGAGGGGAGCUUUAAGUUGCUUUUUGACAGUUUGAUUGGGGGAAAAGCGAUCAGUUCUGACUUCAGUGCGUGGAACGAGAUAAAUGGUUUCAUCUAGCAGUUUUCACAACUAUAAGUGUACACAAAACACAUUUGAGCCUCAGAUACAAUGUCAAACUUAUUUCAAAUGAGAAAAAAAUGGGAGGAACACAUUGUUAGGCCUAUAUUUUUCUUAAGGUAUCAGUAACUUUGUAUACAAUCCACAAACCGGUUCUACUUCAUCUAACUUCACCGUCCUACCUCAUUGUUACUCUGGUGUUUGUUUGUCAGUGACUGUAAACUAUGUGUGUAUAUUAAAAAAAAAUCUAUAGGAAAGGUAUACCUGGUUACUCUCAACAUGUACAGCAUAUAAAACUUGUAAAACACCUCAGUACACAAUAUCAUUCUUAGGAGAAAUCAGUUUUAUUACCUGCUUAAAGAUGCUGCUGUAAAGGGGUGUCUGCGUGAGGGGUCGUCUCUGAAUAUAUAUCUUCGCUCUUUGCUAUGUCGUGCAGUUGAUCAGUGGUUGUGUUCUGUCUCUGUAUUGCAUUCUGAGAUUUUUACUGGUUGACGGUGCUACCAGCAAACAGUUCAAAAACUGAUCUGUCUAUCGGACCUCAAAUGGUGCUGUUUUUCUAUGUUUUUAACCUCAUACAGCUAUGUUUUAUUCAGGUGUGUCAACCGCCACUAUCCCCUCAGCUAAUCAAAUUCUAAGCCAAAAUAUUUCGCGGAAAAUGAUAACCCUGCUAUUACUGUAUCAACUAUAUGCUAUCCAUCCAAAUAUUGUAGAUAGUGAUUAUAUCCUCAGCUGUGAGUUUCAGAAGUACCUCAGAACUUGCUGACUUUCAAUGGAUGCAUCUGCUUCUAGCACCUGUUGUCUACCAAUAUUACAUUGUUGCAGUGUAUUUUCAAAAAUAUGCAUUUUUACUGGUUAGAUCAGGUUUCACUAUACGUAGGACAUGAUUACUAGAUCACACUCAGAUGAUCAAUAACAUUUAAUGGAAACCACUGUUUACUGGUUGCAUGCCAGAUUGUCAUAAAAGGAAAUCUCAGUUGGACUGGGCAGUGUAUGUCACAGUGGAAGAGGUCCUCAGCAAGACCAUGUUCUGUUUGAGUCCAUGUGUGUUACAGAAGCGGGAUUCCAUUGGUGGUUGUAUUUAUGGUGGAAGAUUAUAUCCAUUUGAGGUGAUUUUGGCAGAGUACAAACAGGUUAAAAAAUUCUGGAGGUCACGGAGAGUCUUUAUGGUACGUUCAUGAAGACUGUUCUGGGGAGUUUUAGUCUUCUCCAGUUGUAUCUUUGUCCCGUACUGAUAUUUAAACAACUCAAAUGUAAUUUUCAGUGUUAGAAAUAGAAAUUUAGUGUAGUAAUUUGACUUACCGUGAGUUAACUCAUCACAUGUACAGCACCAUACACAGUCUGGACUUGGCUUCAUUAUACAAAAAGUGCUUUAUAUUAUCUUUUACCUUUUCGCCGUGACACCAAUGGAAUCUUUUCUGCGCCAAAGUGUGUGUAGGGUGGUUUGCUUUACCUGUCAGUAUGUAAAUAUUUGUUGUUUUUCUACUCUGACCAUGUCUGUGAACAUGUAAUGUGCUGGGGAACUCUUCUCUACUGUGAGCAAUGUGUGUUCAAAUGCACAGCAGUCGGUUUCGCGGAAGCACUUAAGCCAUUCGUUGGACUGUUUCAUAAUGGUUCAAUUUUAAGCUUUGCUCUGGUCCAGGGAAUUGACCCAGAGAGUUUUGUGUGUAAUUGAAUUCCUAUGCAGGUGCUGAGUUGUAAUCACCUGGUACCACAUCACUGUUGGGUGGAGGGCCAACCAGGAAGAGAGAUAACUGGAGAGAGUUCAAACCUUUGAAUGUGUCUGCACAGCCUUGAGAUUGAGUCAAAGGGGACAAUGGCGACAUGACAAAUCCGUACUGAACUAUUACUACAUUUUCAUACUCAUGGAACUGAAUUAAACUGAGCUAUACAGGGCUGCUUAGGUAUAUACCUGUCUGUAGUUGUAACUGCAUUGCAAUGAUCAUUAGGGAAAGACAGGGUUAUUACUGUAUGGAGUUGGUAUGAUAAUGUGAAAAGAAUUUCAAGACUAUUGCAGUUAACACUCCCUCACCCUACUUCAGCCUCCCAGAGGCAACCCUACAUUUACAGAAAAUGUUAUAAGUAUAUGCGAUAGAGAGUGUACAUGUCUUUGCUAAACCGGCCACACCUCUGCUAUGCGAGCAACUCUUUGACGCUUAGCAUCCUGUUCUGUGUUUUCUCUUGCUGCAUUCAGGAACACCUGUUUAAUGUAUAGAUAAACAGAAAUAAAUCCAGACUUUUAUUCU